CGGAUAGCGCCAUACCUUAAGGCUACUCUUAAAAGGAAAGUGGUAUUUGCAGGCGGAUCCCUGGAUACAACGGUCAACAUCAACGGCUCUCACGAUGAUUCCGGAUAAGGGAGGAGCUCAGUCGACGCCGGAUGUACUUGGAUGCAACAGCAUGAUUCUCCAUCACGUUCUAUGGCUUAACGUCCAUUUUCAAAAAGUUCCUCGGGAAACACGGCAUCGCGAUAUCUACUAACCUGCGGUAAGAAGGAUAGCGGCUUCAUUGCAUCGGGAGGCCGGAACAAUGGCGUGAGAUAUUGACUGCUGGCUGGCCGUUGUCGAUGUUUCGAAUGAGCAUCACAAAGGGUAUAAAGAUGAGCUAUGUUCUUGGCCAAGAAGACAGAAUUUAAGACAGCAUCGCCAGCAUCAAUCCCAAGAAGCCCCUUGCCAUCUCACCUUCGGUCUCAUCCCAUCCAUCCUCAUUCACACCAGUCAAAAUGAAGUUCUCCGCUUUCGUUCUCGCCGCCGCUGGCAUUGUCGCCGCCGCUCCCGGCACUCAGCUUGUCCAGCGCAACUACUCUCCUCUCACCCCUCGCUCGUCCCGCUCCCGCUACAACUCUUCUCCCAUCAAGAGACUCUCGACCGAGGCCGUCGAGACCCUUGAGAAGACCUCCGGCGUCAAGAACGUCGACUACUCUAGCAACUGGGCCGGUGCCGUCAAGAUCGGAACUGGAUACAACCAUGUCACCGGCACCAUCACCGUCCCCGAAGUCAGCGGCUCCAGCGGCGCCGCCGCCUCCGCCUGGGUCGGCAUCGAUGGCGACACUUGCCAGACUGCCAUCCUUCAGACUGGUAUCUCCUUCUACGCCGACGGCACCUUCGACGCCUGGUACGAGUGGAUCCCCGACUACGCCUACAGCUUCUCCGGAUUCUCCGUCUCCGUCGGUGACUCCAUCAAGAUGACCGUCGACGCCUCCUCCAAGACCAAGGGUGUUGCCACCCUCCAGAACCUCACCACUGGCAAGACCGUCACCCACACCUUCACCAGCACCCCCUCCACCCUCUGCGAGACCAACGCCGAGUGGAUCGUCGAGGCCUUCGAGGAGAACGGCAGCCAGGUCACCCUCGCUGACUUCGGCACCGUCGUCUUCACCGGCGCCGCCGCCUCCGGCUCCAGCGGCUCCACCACCCCUGCUGGAGCUGAUAUCAUUGAUAUCUCCCCCAACAGCGGCCGCACCAUCGAGGCCUCUGCCUCCGUCAGCGGCAGCACCGUCACUGUCAAGUACGUCGGCUAA